UGCUUCCUUCUCACCAUGGAGCUUGUCUUGUUCUCCUUGGCCCUCUUUUCAGACACCAUGGUCAUGGAUGAAAAGGUGAAGACAGGUAUUGAACUGGACACAGUUUCUGCUAACUGUAGCUAUGAGCACUACAAGAACCACACCAAGUACUGGUGUCGAGGCUAUUUCAGGGACUCGUGCAAUGUUAUCGCCUUUACCCCUAACAGCACCAACCGUGUGGCCCCGAAGGACACAGGCAGCCAACUCAUCAUCACUGUGUCCUACCUGGUCAAGGAGGACACAGACUGGUACUGGUGUGGCAUCCAACGGGAUUUUGCCAGAGAUGUCAUGGAUUUUACACAGCUGAUUGUAACUGACAGCAGAGAUGGCCGGGCCAGUGUUUUACCACCUGGAACUCCAGGGAACAGGACCCGGAGCUGUAGGACUUCUAAAACUAUCCUAAAGGUGGAGGACUCCAAACUGUUCCUUCUGAUCUUUUGCAUAAUGAUUAUUCAUUUGGGGAUCAUCUUUAUAAUCAGUGUUUGUCCAAGGGAAGGAGAAGCCAGAGGAAUGAGGAAUAGAGGAGGAGUUACUGGUAAAAGCAUCACUAGAAGCCCUCAGCCAAACCAAGUUCCUUCUGUGAUCUCCAUACUCUUGGAAAACAGCAGGGCAGACAUGGCGCACCCAGAAGCCCAAGUAGAAGGAUCUCGAGUUCAAGGCCAGUUUGGACUAAAUGAGUUCUAG